GAUAAGAAUGUCACCAAGCACCAGAUGCUGUUUAACCUGAAUGAGAUGAGGUCCAGCGUUGGGGACUACCAUCUACUCUCCAGUGCUGAGCUCCGCCUGCUCAUCAAGACUACUAACAUCCCCGCUGGUCGUGAGCAGCGUCUGGAGCUCUAUAGGGGGCUGGACAACAGCAGACGAUACCUGGGAUCACGCUUCGUCACCAACAAGUGGAGCGACCGCUGGCUGUCUUUCGAUGUCACAGCAACCCUCAAGGAAUGGCUGAUGGGGACCGGUGAGUCCAGACAGAUAACAGUCAUCUGUUAGUCAGGUUAUAGCCCGUGUAAGUCAGCUCAUAGCCAGUGUAAGUCAUCUGUAAGUAAGGUCAUAGCCAGUGUAAGUCAGGUCAUAGCCAGUGUAAGUCAUCAGUAAGUAAGGUCAUAGCCAGUGUAAGUCAGGUCAUAGCCAGUGUAAGUCAUCUGUAAGUAAGGUCAUAGCCAGUGUAAGUCAGGUCAUAGCCAGUGUAAGUCAUCUGUAAGUCAGGUCAUACAUUUUUACAUUUUUACACAGGUCAUAGCCAGCCCACUGUUGUGACUGUGUCUAGGAAUCUUCAGUCAUUUUUUUAAAUUAACAUGAAAUCUAUGUCAAUCUAUCAUAACUUUGGUAAUUUCUACUUGAAUAACUUUUUUUAAAAUGUAUUCAUAUAUAGUAUAUAUGAUUUUAUAUCUGUGUCUAUAUUAUCCAUGAAUUUCUAUUAGAUAGACCAUAUGGUUCAAGAGAAAAUAGCCUACUUAAUGAAAAAAGCAUCUAAUAAACAUUGGCAUUAUUUUCAAUUAACUAUGCAACUCUUCCAACUGUUAACUUUUAACACAAUUGACAACAAAUACAUACUGACAGAUAGGGGGAAUUCUGACUUGAGUUAAGCCUGCUUAAAUUGAACAUUAUUCCCUUUUCAUGCACAAUGGGGGGAAUUCCGACAUGAGUUACGCGUGUGUAAAUGGACAUUAUACAAUUUUUAUGCACUUUUCUCUCUAUGCAUAUUCUGACCUUGAAUUUAAGCAUCAGAAUAGCAUGCUAUUCACCCGCUAUUCGUUGCGGGUGGAGAUCUAAGAAAUGAAGGUGUGGCGGAGGUGUGUCUACAGAGACGCCGUAUUCUGACCUUGAUUUAAUUCCCUAAUAAUUCCACCAUCUUUAUGGCCGAUGAAACGAUGAAUAAAGUCGAGCAACCUGUUGGUCCCAAGUGGAACAACAUAUACUUUAUUUUUUUCCGACAGAAAUAACACCAGUCAUUCUCAAUGCAAUGUUAUUUACAAAUUGAUAAGAGCUAUUGAUAAGAGCUAGGUAAAUGAGUAAGCCGUUUGGAUAUGGGAUUGUAAAUAUAAAUGACAAUAGUUUUAGAUCUAUUUUACCUUAUGAUCGAUGGAGACAAAUGUGAAACCAGUCAUAUGGCAGCAAACUGAAGCAUAUUAACAUAUCACCUUUUCAACAGUGAAGUUUAUGAAAUUCCGGCUUUAUAACUUGGGAUCAAAUUUGGAGGCGCAAGCUAAUACUUCUGUACCGUAGCCACGUGCAAAUGACAGUAUAGCGCCAAACCUACCGAGUUGAUUUAUAAUUUCUAGAAUAUUUUAAUUAUAUUCCCGGACUUUUCACUGUAUUUUUUUAAACAAUUUGUAUCAUGUUAAAUAUUAGCCACUAUCGGUAGCUACCGUCAGUUAUACCCACAUACAUUUAUAACUGUCACUGAUUUUAGUGAUAAUUUUCUUAAAUUUUGCAUUAUUCCAUUACAUCAUUAGUUUACCUUGCUUUCCUCUGUCAACUUCCCGAGGAGUAGUGGAUCAUAUUAGGCUAACAUAUUACAAGUUAUAUAAUAAUUUGGUACUAUUUGAAUCACUAUCGAACUCAAAACCAUAUGUAGCAUCACACCAUAUGUAGCAGUUUUAACCUGGAGCCUGGCGCAUGGUUCACGACGACAGGACCUUUGUCAUCACAUUUCCGUGAUUCGUGAGGAUUAUUAUAUACUGUUCAACCCCUAUUGGACACUUUUCUCACCUUCCAAUAUUUCAGUUUCAUGGGAUUGUAAAUAUAAAUGACAGUUGUUUUAGAUCUAUUUUACCUUAUGCUCACUGGAGACAAAUGUGAAACCCGUAAUAUGUCACCAAGCUAAAGCAUAUCAACAUCUUUUUCCACAGUGAAGUUUAUGAAAUGCUGGCCUUAUGACCUGCAGGGAUGACAUGUGGAGACCAAAGCUGUAGGCUUCUGGAGCCACGCGUAAAUGACAGUAUAGCGCCAAACCUACCGAGUUCUAGAAUGUUUCAUUAUAUGCCCGGACUUUUCACAGAAUACAAAAAAAAUAAUGUGUAUUGUGUUAAAUAUUAGCCACUAUCGGUAGUCACCGUCAGUUAUACUUACAUAUAUUUAUAACUGUCACUUUAGUACAGUGGUGUAGUGGUGCCUGGAGAAGUGGGUAUCCUCGAAUUUGUCCCCCCAAAAAAUCAAAAUGUCCCGCUGGUGAAGGAAAGGCUCUAUGUGUGACAUUUUCUAUAUUUUCCUAUAUUUUUUUCAGGUUUUCGCUCUCAAAAUCACACUUUUUUAAUAUAUAGAAAAAUGACAAAAAAAAUUGUUCUAAGUCCACAACAAUGCUUGAACCACAUCAGGAGACCAUUUUUGAGGUCUGGGAAAAAUCCCCCCAAAAUUUGGAAGGGUGUAGUUGCCCUUUAAUUCAAUUGUACACUUUGCAAGAGACUGUUUGGCUAGCAGUGUUUCUGUACUGUACAAUGUGGGCAUACAGUGUAGGCUACAUGUGAUGGCAGAGUUUACAAAACAAUUGCCCUCCCGAUUGAUAGCCGACAAAUCAUCCUGAUAUAAUUCUGCCAUGUAGGCCUACUUUGCAGUCAACAUUUAAUUGGGAAGGUUUUUUGGGGGGGAAAGCCUUUAGAAAUGUUCAUUCAAACAGCGGAUGAUGACUGAAUUGCGCAUCGCAAAGAUUCAAGUCACGACUUCAGACCAAACUUUUUCAAUACUUGGUUUGCAUAGCCAUUGUUGCCUUAGUUAGCAUUUACUGGUAGAUGUCAUAAAUUGAAAUGUAUUUUACCCUACGCGGCUACGGAUGUCGGUCAAUUCUGUGAGCUGCUCCGUGUGGCAACCAGUCGAGAGCUGCGCGUUCUUGCUGCCUGAUAUUCCGCUGAAACUAUGUGUGCAGCGUGGAUGUAAAUAUAUUUCACGUGCUUUGUGAUAGGCUACUUUGUGCAUGAUUUCUCUAUUGUACUACAGAAUUGAUAUAGCGUAGGCCUAUACCUCCACUAUAUCAGUGGGAAUUAAGUGAGUAUACGCAAUGCCCACUGAAAGAAAAGUGUGUAUACUGCUUUAGUGGUAGUUCCCUUACAUUUUGCGUCAUUCCAUUACAUCAUUAGUUUCAGUGGCGAUUUUAGCACGUACAUCUUGGUGGGGAAACAAACAAAAAAUUGUUUUAGAUGCCAGCAAAGCCACUACACAACACAAAACAAUACAUUCAUUGUGCUAUAACGUGACAAACCAAUGUAUUUUGUGCGUAAAGGCUCUCCAAACUUGUUUUUUAUUAUUAUUCAUAAAUACUUUCCUAACCCUAAAUAAUAUACAAGAUCAGAGUAUUUUUAAAUAUACCAAUUGGUGCUGAAAAGGAGACAAAUAUGCAUGUAUUUACAUGGCUUUAUUUCGUUGAAAAACAGAAAGGAAAACGCACACCGGGUGAUUUUAUUAUAACAACGUUUCGACCCUUAGGUCUUCAUCAGGCAUCUAUCUUUAAUUGAUCUCUAAUAUUCUGAACCGUUCUCUCCAUAUAUUCUAGUGAGUCAGUGGAGAAAAUUAUAAUUAAAGGUACACCAAAUUUAAAGGGAUGGCUUUUAGAUAAAUGUGCUGAAAACCCUAUUGAAUGAAAACUCCACGAGAAAAUCUGUUCACCAGCAAGUGGGAGGGUUUUCAGCGGUUUAAUUAAAUGUAUUCAGCGCGUGCAAGGGAACCAUGCCUGCAAAGCUCGUUACUCACCUGCGUAAAGUAAGUCUGAAUACCAACUACUGAGAAGUGCGUAGGAAAGGUGUAUUUGUACGUCUGUGAAAAAUAACGUAUAUUUCAUGCUGAACCCCUCAUAUUUAACACCAGUGGUAUUCACUAAGUAGAUGGUUUAUAUUUAGGAUAAUGUUUUACACAGCUUUGUCAUGCUAUACAGAUUUAUUUUUGUUGCCUUAUUUAAUUAUUUCAUAUAUUUUACAUGUGAUAAGGCCAGACAGAGGGACAGAGACAAUUACAGACACCUGUAAAAUCUGAAGUACACAAAAGGGUUACUAGAUGUAUUUUAGAUUACAUAAAAUCCUUGAAAGAUACCAAAAUUUUGGGUAGUUUGCUGGUAAAGUUUGAAAGUUUCCAUUAAUAUACCCUCCCUUUGCAACCCUACCUGUGUUUCAGAGGAGGAGCAGGGCUUUGAGUUGAAGCUGUACUGUGAGUGUGGGGAAAAAAUGGAACCGUUCUCCUUCACUAUCUCGGGGUUGGACAGCGGGAUACGAGGCGACGUGGGUGGUCUGUCCAAGAACAUGCGGAAGCCUCAUAUCUUGGCCAUGUCCAUCCCCCAAAACUACAGCUCACACCUCACCUCCUCACGUAAGAAACGGGCCACCGUUACGGACGACACCUGCACAGAGUAAGGACCACUAUAUCUGACUCUGUCUGUUCGUCUGUCUGUCCAUUCAUCUGUUUGUCUCUGUUUGUCUGUCUCACCCAAACAUCUUCCUCCCUUCUGUUCUGCAGUAAAACAGAGAACUGUUGCGUGAGGAAGCUCUACAUCGACUUCAGGAAAGAUCUGGGCUGGAAGUGGAUCCACAAGCCAAAGGGUUACCAUGCCAACUACUGCAUGGGCUCAUGCACCUACAUCUGGAACGCUGAAAACAAAUACUCUCAGGUACAGUUCUAGAAUUCUGUCAGGUACAGUUCUAGAAUACUCUCAGGUACACUUCUAGAAUAAUCUCAGGUACACUUCUAGAAUACUCUCAGGUACAUUUCUAGAAUACUCUCAGGUACACUUCUAGAAAACUCUCAGGUACAGUUCUAGAAUACUCUCAGGUACAGUUCUAGAAUACUCUCAGCUACAGUUCUAGAAUACUCUCAGGUACAUUUAUGGAAUACUCUCAGGUACAUUUAUGGAAUACUCUCAGGUACAUUUAUGGAAUACUCUCAGGUACACUUCUAAAAUACUCUCAGGUGCAGUUCUAGAAUACUCUCAGGUGCAGUUCUAGAAUACUCUCAGGUGCAGUUCUAGAAUACUCUCAGGUAGAGUUCUAGAAUACUCUCAGGUACAGUUCUAGAAUACUCUCAGGUACAGUUCUAGAAUACUCUCAGGUGCAGUUCCAGAAUACUCUCAGGUACACUUCUAGAAAACUCUCAGGUACACUUCUAGAAAACUCUCAGGUACACUAGUUUGGCACAGCUUAAUUUCCAUCCCUGUCUCCACUAAUAUAGUAAUUUUAGAUGUGAGGCAGUCAUCUGUCAUGUGACUGGAGCUGAUGGAUACCAGUUGUGUGUAAUCAUGAGUGUCUGUGGACCAGUCCGGCUGGUUGGAGAUACUAGUGGAAAGUCAGGGGCUUCCCAGCUGUCUCCUUCUUCCUUAUCGCUCUAUAUACUGUCUGUCUGUAAGGGCACUGUUUACACCUCUGGGCUCUAGUUGUAGCUUUCUUAGUGGUCAGGUCACGUGGUCUAGAAAAACUCCUGACUCACUAGCCCUGUAGUGUUAAAUCCCAAUAGCAGGUGGUGAAGUCUGCAUGAGGCAUGGUGGUCAGGGUUUAGAACUGUCUCAGCAAGGGACUAGUAAACACUAGACAUGUACUGACUGUGCUCUCUCUCUCUCUCUCUCUCUCUCUCUCUCUCUCUCUCUCUCUCUCUCUCUCUCUCUCUCUCUCUCUCUCUCUCUCUCUCUCUCUCUCUCUCUCUCUCUCUCUCACUCUUCCUCUCUCUGUCCAACACAUACAUGUUAUUUCUCAGCAAUGUAGCUCUUGUGUGUCAUAUUGUCUUGGGGCUUUUGCUGACGAUGCACUACUUACUGACGUGACCGUGUUUGUCUGUCUGUCUGUCUCUCUCUCUCUCACACACACACACACACACACACACACACACACACACACACACACACACACACACACACACACACACACACACACACACACACACACAAACACACACACAAACACACACAGAUCCUAGCCCUGUACAAGCACCACAACCCUGGAGCGUCGGCCCAGCCGUGCUGUGUACCCCAGGUCCUGGAACCUCUGCCAAUCCUCUACUACGUAGGGAGACAACACAAGGUACAGUUAACCCCCUAACCCUAACCUAGACAACACAAGGUACAGAUAAUCCCCUAACCCUAACCUACACAACACAAGGUACAGAACCCCCUAACCCUAACCUAGACAACACAAGGUACAGGUAACCCCCUAACCCUAACCUACACAACACAAGGUACAGAUAACCCCCUAACCCUAACCUAGACAACACAAGGUACAGGUAACCCCCUAACCCUAACCUACACAACACAAGGUACAGAUAACCCCCUAACCUACACAACACAAGGUACAGAUAACCCCCUAACCUACACAACAAAAGGUACAGAUAACCCCCUAACCCUAACCUAGACAACACAAGGUACAGUUAACCCCCUAACCCUAACCUAGACAACACAAGGUACAGAUAACCCCCUAACCCUAACCUAGACAACACAAGGUACAGUUAACCCCCUAACCUAGACAACACAAGGUACAGUUAACCCCCUAACCUAGACAACACAAGGUACAGAUAACCCCCUAACCCUAACCUAGACAACACAAGGUACAGUUAACCCCCUAACCCUAACCUAGACAACACAAGGUACAGUUAACCCCCUAACCCUAAACUAGACAACACAAGGUACAGUUAACCCCCUAACCCUAACCUACACAACACAAGGUACAGAACCCCCUAACCCUAACCUAGACAACACAAGGUACAGUUAACCCCCUAACCCUAACCUACACAACACAAGGUACAGUUAACCCCCUAACCCUAACCUAGACAACACAAGGUACAGUUAACCCCCUAACCCUAACCUAGACAACACAAGGUACAGGUAACCCCCUAACCCUAACCUACACAACACAAGGUACAGAACCCCCUAACCUAGAUAACACAAGGUACAACAGUUAACACUUCUGUGUUGUAGAGGGGUGACAUUCUAUUUCUUCUCUAAAUCUUACAGACUACAUAACAUGUCAUAAUCAGUCAUGACUGUUCGUGAAAGAUGUUCAGCUAGGGAUUGUCCACUAAGAGUGGUGUGUGGGAGUGUAGUCACUAACAGUGUGGGGUGUAGUCACUAGCAAUGGUGUGUGGGUUUGUAGUCACUAACAGUGGUGUGAUGUGUAGUCACUAACAGUGGUGUGGGGGUGUGUAGUCACUAACAGUGGUGUGGUGUGUAGUCACUAACAGUGGUGUGGGGGUUUGUAGUCACUAACAGUGGUGUUGUGUGUAGUCACUAACAUUGGUGUGUGGGAGUGUAGUCACUAACAGUGGUGUGGUGUGUAGUCACUAACAGCGGUGUGGGGGGGUGUAGUCACUAACAUUGGUGUGGGGUGUGUAGUCACUAACAAUGGUGUGGAGUGUAGUCACUAACAGUGGUGUGGGGGCGUGUAGUCACUAACAAUGGUGUGGUGUGUAGUCACUAACAGCGGUGUGGGGGGGUGUAGUCACUAACAUUGGUGUGGGGUGUGUAGUCACUAACAUUGGUGUGGGGUGUGUAGUCACUAACAGUGGUGUGGUGUGUAGUCACUAACAGUGGUGUGGGGAUUUGUAGUCACUAAUAGUGGUGUUGUGUGUAGUCACUAUAAUUGGUGUUGGAGCGUGUAGUCGCUAACAGUGGUGUGUGGGUGUGUAGUCACUAACAGUGGUGUGGGGGCAUGUAGUCACUAACAGUGGUGUGGGGGUGUGUAGUCACUAACAGUGGUGUGGGGGUGUGUAGUCACUUACAGGGGUGUGGGGGCAUGUAGUCACUAACAGUGGUGUGAUGUGUAGUCACUAACAGUGGUGUGGGGGUGUAGUCACUAACAGUGGUGUGGGGGUGUGUAGUCACUAACAGUGGUGUGUGGUUGUGUAGUCACUAACAGUGGUGUGAUGUGUAGUCACUAACAGUGGUGUGGGGGUGUAGUCACUAACAGUGGUGUGGGGGUGUGUAGUCACUAACAGUGGUGUGGGGGUGUGUAGUCACUAACAAUGGUGUGGGGAUGUGUAGUCACUAACAAUGGUGUGGGGGUGUGUAGUCACUAACAUUGGUGUUGGAGCAUGUAGUCACUAACAGUGGUGUGGGGGGUGUGUAGUCACUAACAGUGGUGUGGGGGUGUGUAGUCACUAACAGUGAUGUGGGGGUGUGUAGUCACUAACAGUGGUGUGGGGAUGUGUAGUCACUAACAGUGGUGUGGUGUGUAGUCACUAACAGUGGUGUGUGGUUGUGUAGUCACUAACAGUGGUGUGAUGUGUAGUCACUAACAGUGGUGUGGGGGUGUAGUCACUAACAGUGGUGUGGGGGUGUGUAGUCACUAACAGUGGUGUGGGGGUGUGUAGUCACUAACAAUGGUGUGGGGAUGUGUAGUCACUAACAAUGGUGUGGGGGUGUGUAGUCACUAACAUUGGUGUUGGAGCAUGUAGUCACUAACAGUGGUGUGGGGGUGUGUAGUCACUAACAGUGGUGUGGGGGUGUGUAGUCACUAACAGUGAUGUGGGGGUGUGUAGUCACUAACAGUGGUGUGGGGAUGUGUAGUCACUAACAGUGGUGUGGUGUGUAGUCGCUAACAGUGGUGUGUAGUCGCUAACAGUGGUGUGUGGGUGUGUAGUCACUAACAGUGGUGUGUGGGUGUGUAGUCACUAACAGUGGUGUGGGGGUGUGUAGUCACUAACAGUGGUGUGUAGUCGCUAACAGUGGUGUGUGGGUGUGUAGUCACUAACAGUGCUGUGUGGGUGUGUAGUCACUAACAGUGGUGUGUGGGUGUGUAGUCACUAACAGUGGUGUGUGGGUGUGUAGUCACUAACAGUGGUGUGUGGGUGUGUAGUCGCUAACAGUGGUGUUGUGUGUAGUCACUAACAUUUGUGUGGUGUGUGGGUGUGUAGUCACUAACAGUGGUGUGGGGGUGUGUAGUCACUAACAGUGGUGUGGGGGUGUGUAGUCACUAACAGUGGUGUGUAGUCGCUAACAGUGGUGUGUGGGUGUGUAGUCACUAACAGUGGUGUGUGGGUGUGUAGUCGCUAACAGUGGUGUGUGGGUGUGUAGUCACUAACAUUUGUGUGGUGUGUGGGUGUGUAGUCACUAACAGUGGUGUGGGGGUGUGUAGUCACUAACAGUGGUGUGGGUGUGUGUAGUCACUAACAUUUGUGUGGUGUGUGGGUGUGUAGUCACUAACAGUGGUGUGGGGGUGUGUAGUCACUAACAGUGGUGUGGGGGUGUGUAGUCACUAACAGUGGUGUGUAGUCGCUAACAGUGGUGUGUGGGUGUGUAGUCACUAACAGUGGUGUUUGGGUGUGUAGUCGCUAACAGUGGUGUGUGGGUGUGUAGUCACUAACAGUGGUGUGUGGGUGUGUAGUCACUAACAUUUGUGUGGUGUGUAGUCACUAACAGUGGUGUGUAGUCGCUAACGGUGGUGUGUGGGUGUGUAGUCGCUAACAGUGGUGUGUGGGUGUAUAGUAACUAACAGUGGUGUGUGGGUGUAUAGUAACUAACGGUGGUGUGUGGGUGUGUAGUCGCUAACAGUGGUGUGUGGGUGUGUAGUCACUAACGGUGGUGUGUUUGUGUGUUUCAGGUGGAACAGUUGUCCAACAUGAUUGUGGAGAGCUGUAAGUGCAGCUAGAAGACAGAGGUGGUGUCUUCCUCCAUCUCUGUAUUCUACCCCUCCCCUCACAUACACCCAUACCGAUUAGAGAUGGAGUGAUGAGAAAGAACUCAGAGAGGAAGAGGAGAGAGAAAGAAGGAUUGACUCUGGGAUGGAGGAGUGGAACAAGGGAUGAAAAGAUGAUCCGUGUGAUCCAUGACAGAACCAGCCUCCUCCUGAUGGACCAAGACCAGGACUACUGACAUUUCUGCUUUUACAUCCACUUUAUAUACUGGAUGAAUAUAGGCUUUCUUCAAAUAACACAUAUAUCUCAAGGAGUAAAUUAAUUUAUUUGUUACAUGUAGCAGAGCUGUAUAGCGUAGUACUGUAGACGCAUUGACGUGCAGUGGCUUGCUGGGUAGUGAUGGAGAGACUUUGGAGAGGGGGUGGGGGUUAUCGGACACCCCAGAAGAGGUACAGGAGGACUUCAUUGGACCCAGACAAGACCAAGAGGACCAGAAUGGAAUCCUUAAUUUAGGGUAACAAACUGUUUAGUAAGGAUGGGCCCAGGACUUGUUGUAACCUACAGUGCCUGUCCAGAACUCACUUGUGCCAGACAUUAGUACGAGGACACCACACGUUUGCACAAAAGCCAAAGGACCUUGUUUAUGUGGGUGUAUCAUUGGGCUGGACCAGUUGUUGCCCUAUCACAGAAGAGGUUGGAGAAGUCUUACUACAGCGGGACACAGAGACUGACUGGGACCUAAGGGAUACUGUUUACUCAGUGGCCGAGACACUGUUACUGGAUGACGUCCUCUAGAGACACUGUUACUGGAUGACGUCCUCUAGAGACACUGUUACUGGUCGAUGGCCUCCAGAGACACUGUUACUGGUCGAUGGCCUCCA